AUGGCCGAGUCCCAGCUGAGCUGCCUGGACGAGGCGCACGUGAACGAGAGGGUGACCGAGGCGCAGGCCGCCUUCUACUACUGCGAGCGGCGGCGGGCCGCGCUGGAGGCGCUGCUGGGCGGCGGCGAGCAGGCCUACCGCGAGCGGGUCAAGAAGGAGCGGCUUCGGGACUUCCUCUCCAGCCAGGAGCGUCAGGCCCUCCGCGCCUCCUGGAGCCCCUACGAGGAUGCCGCCGCCGCCGCCGCCGCUGCGGCUCGGGGCAAGAGCAAGGCCAAGGCCAAGGCCCCAGCCCAGGCCCCUGCCGAGCCCGAAGAGUCCCUCGCCUACUGGCCCGACCGCUCUGACACCGAGGUGCCCCCGCUGGAUCUGGGCUGGACGGAAACCGGCGUCUACCGCGGCGUGAGCCGCGUCACCCUCUUUACCCACCCCCCCAAGGAGGAGAAGGCGCCCCACCUCAAGCAGGUGGUCAGGCAGAUGAUCCAACAGGCGCAGAAGGUCAUUGCUGUGGUCAUGGACCUCUUCACUGAUGGCGAUAUCUUCCAAGACAUCGUAGAUGCUGCGUGUAAGCGCCGGGUCCCUGUGUACAUCAUCCUGGAUGAGGCAGGUGUGAAGUUUUUCCUGGAGAUGUGUCAGAGCCUGGAGCUUGCUGACUACCGUAUUCGAAACAUCCGUGUUCGCUCUGUGACAGGUGUUGGCUUCUACAUGCCCAUGGGGAAGGUCAAGGGGACCCUGUCAUCAAAGUUCCUAAUGGUAGAUGGUGAAAAAGUGGCCACUGGAUCUUACAGGUUCACCUGGAGCUCCUCCCACGUGGACAGGAACCUUCUCCUCCUCCUGACCGGGCAGAACGUGGAGCCCUUCGACGUGGAGUUCCGGGAGCUGUACGCCAUCUCCGAGGAGGUGAACUUGUACCAGCAGCUGAGCCUGGCAGGAGGUGCCGGGAGGCUCGGCCCCAACUACUCCUCCACCGUGGCUCGCAAGCUGAUCAACCCCAAGUACGCCCUGGUGGCGGGCAGCCGCCACCCACCGGGCGAGUUGAUGCGCUGGGCCGCCCGGCAGCAGCGGGAGGCGGGCGGCGACCCCGAGGGGCAGGAGGAGGGUGGCAGGGGCGGCGAGGCGGCCCGGCGCCUGGAGAGCUUCCUGAACGACCUGGUCACGCUGGAGCAGGUGCUGCCCCCCGUGGAGGCCAUUCCCUCCGGGGAGCUGCUGCGGAAGGACGGCAGGGUGGUCUCCCACCUGCACGUGGACCUGAAGCCCAAGCCCCGAGAGGCGCUUGUCCGAAACGGCAAGGGAGAAGCCGCCAACGGGGAGGCCACGGCGGCCAAGGAGGGCAAGCGCUUUAGCACCAGGCUCUUCAGCCGCAGGGCCAAGCGGCCCCCGGUGCCCAACGGCACGGCCAGCUCCCUCUCCACCGAGACCUUUGCGGAAGUGGAGUUUGUGCCCGGGAAGAGGCCCAGCGAGGGCUCCAGCGCUGACAUCUCAGGUAAAACAAAUCCCAGUCCUUCCAAGGCCAGCAAUUGUGUGAUCUCCUGAGCCACGAGCCAGCGGUGGGCAGGACCUGUGGAUAUCCCCAGCCCUGUCCUAUGGAGAAUACAGGUCAAACGCUGCACCAGUUUGCACUUCGGACCCUUACUUGCUUCCUGCCCAACGGCCUCCAUCCUGGCCUCAGGGACCCUCAGUCCCACAUGGGAGAGUCUGCAGCACGUCAGGACAAUCACAUGCCUCUGCAAGACUGUCGGCCGCCGGGCAGGGGUCACUCCUUCUUGUUUACAUGAAGUGGAAGCUUGACUAAUGUCUGCUCUCCUUUAUGCCAGACCCCCUCCCUCCACUGGGCCAGCCUUGCCCUGUAGGUCCUCAGAUGGGGUGAGUCCAGGUCUUUCUGCCUAAUGCCAUAGGGUGUCCAGGGCAGCCCCAGCUCCCUGACUUCUCUUUCCCAGGCUUCCUGGAGCUUCUGGUCCCCCAGGAGGCUUGGUGGGAUGUGCGGGAAGAGGAGGGGCUCUGAGCCAGGGAGCCAGUCUUCCCCGAGGCUCCGAACUCAAGGUGGAAGGGGCGGCUGGGGCGGCUGGGGCGCCGGCUGCACUGGCCUUCCCAGCCCAGUUCCCGCAGCCUCCCGUACUAGGCCCAGAGUGAAGUGAGGGACAGGCCUCUCCUCAGCCAGUGGCAGAAUCUGACUGCCAUUCAGGGAGCCCUCGUACUGAAGUCUCCUUCCCCUCCCUUCCCACAUCUUAGCAGUCUUAGCAGUGUUCACGCCAGGGCCCCAGACCUCCUUGGCUGUUGCCUGUUGCGAGCACACAUGGGGGCUUUUCUAGUGCCUUUACCCAGGGCUGCUCCGUCCUUUAAAUGUGCCUUGAUUUGCAGCCCAGGGCAGGGAGAGAGAGCUUGGCGGGGGGGUGGGGGAGGUUCAAGUGGCUUGGGAGGUUGAGCCCUGCAGACAAGAGCAUUUGGCCUCUCCCCCGCCCCCGAGGGGUCCCCAGCCCCCUUCGCCAGCCAGUGUGCCUUCUCUAGCUACAUUCCAGCCAAAGACCAGCUUUCGCCUCCUGCCAAAGGUCAGGCUGCAUUUAGGAGCCUUAGCCUCCCCUCGGUGCCACAACGUCGGGCCAGGGACAGCAGCCUCAAGCUGCACACUGCCCUCUCCCCACUUGUGUGGCUGGUGGGGUCUGAGGAAAGAUUUCUGGAAGGGACAGCAGAGGAAUUGCCAAAUUGCAGGCUCUGUGAGCCAACUGCUGGGGGUCCCUAGACACAGGGGGCCGAGGGGCCACAUGGCCCAGUGGAAGCUCCCCCAGGCCACCUCUUUCAGCCUCUUGUGAACCAGACUUUGUGUCUUUCCUUCUGCAGAAACCCUGGGGCCCCAGUAGCAUUUAAGGGAGGGACCCAGAUCCGGGCUUGAGGGAGAGCACUGGGGGGCACCGAGGCGAAGCAGGAGGCGGGGUGGCCCAAUGCACUUGUUGGAGGAGAACCUGGCCUCUGGCAGGGGGAACGGAGGGGGCAGGGAAAGGAAAGCAAAGGUGAGCCUGGCUCCCAGGGGCCCCUCUCUCUAUCCUGAGGCUAGCUUGUAGGGUGCUGGGGGUGGGGGGCAGGGAGUCCCCA